AUGCCAACUCCCAUAUCCCCCUCGACACCACUACGGCGCAAGAAGGCAUCCUUCGACGAUUCGCCACUACGACCGCGCCAGAUGAACCGCCUCAAUGACGACGUGGCUGAGCGCGCCGCGCGGCGCAAGAGUGCGCAUUUUGCCGCUGAUGUUGGCAAGGAGAAUGGGGGAUCGGCAGCCGCUUCACCCCGCUCGCGUGUGGUAUCGGCACAGGCGCGCAGAAAGCGUCUUUCAGCCGUCGCACCGAUCGCGCCGAUAUCGAUGGAGGUCAUGAAUACCAACUUUGAGGAGUGGAUGAAGCUCGCCACGGAUAACAAGAUCACAGCGACGAAUACGUGGAACUUUGCGCUCAUUGAUUAUUUCCACGAUCUUACGUUGUUGCGCAACACGGACGACCAGAGCAUCAACUUCCAGAAAGCGAGCUGUACGCUUGAUGGGUGUGUCAAGAUCUGGACUAGUCGCGUGGAUAGCGUCGCAACCGAGACGGGUAAACUGCUCUCUGGCCUCGCUGGCGGCGGCGAUCCCGACGACGAGAAUGAAGAGGGAGAGGGUGAAGAGGGAGAUGGACCAGCCAAGGGGACACGGAAGACGGCCCGUUCCGAAGCUACGCUCGCCAAGAGCUUCGCUGCGCUACAGGUCAAGAAGUUUGACCUAGAGUUCACGGUCGACCCGCUCUUCAAGAAGACCAAGGAAGACUUUGACGAGGGCGGCGCAGGCGGCUUGCUCAUGAACCACCUCGGCAUUGACGGCAAUGGCCGCGUGGUGUUUGAUGCUGGCGACGCAGUCGUCGAGGAUGAUGAGGACGAGGAUGAGAUGGAAGACACUUUUGUUGACGUGAGCGCGUUACGCGAGUUCAUCCCGACUGCCGAGCGGGCGGAGGGCCUCACGAUUAGCGAGACGCUCGGCGCGUUCCGUUUCGCCUCAAACCCGGAGGACAUGCCCGACCUUGCCACGCUUACCGGCCUCAAUUCCUUUGGCGACGAGCGCGAGGACUCGGCCCCAUUGGAGGAGGUGGGCGAGACUGGCAAUGUGCAUGACUUCUUCGGGGACGAGGAUUACGACGCCCCGGCAGGUUACGACGGAGACAAUGACGACGGCGAACCUUUGGACCUGGAGGAUGUGUCCGCACCGUCAGCGCCACAGGGAAGACAGGACCUGUUCAUGACGUUGGUGGACGGCGACGACGACGCCGGCAUGUUCGACUACUUUGAUCGCGGCAUGUCCAAGGGCUGGGCGGGCGCCGAGCACUGGAAGUUGCGCAAGGUGGCACGGAAAGAUCCUGUUCCCGCGACGGCGACAAAGGAGAAGAAGGCGACCAAGGAGCCCUUUAAGAUUGACUUUGGGGCUGACGGCGAGAUGAGCACCAAGGAGCUCUUCGUUCGCGGCGCACGGAGCACCAUCGCCCUCCCCGCCCGCAAGACUAAGAAGCGGGCGCGCGACGAGUUCCUCCUCCCCGAGGACAUGCACUUCUCGAGCCGUCAGCUCCUUCGUCUCUUCCUCAAGCCCAAGUUUGCACUGCGGCGGCGCGCUACCCCGUCUGCUUCUCAAGAUGGCGAGAUUGACGAGAACUUCUGGGCGGCGGCUGCGGCACCAGAUGUGAUAGACGACGACGACGCGCCGGCGCCGUUUGAGAGCCAGUUCUUCCACGACGACGCAGACGACGAUGCUGUUGACCUGGCAUUAGAUCCAGCCUUUGGCGAGGAUGGAGAGGACGACUUGCGACCGGGCGGCGAGGCUCUGCGACGCGCAAGGCCGGAUAACGUUCAUUACGCCAAGAAGGCUAAGCGCGUCGACGUCAAGCGCCUCAAAGACGAUAUCUGGGACGGACUCAAGUCUCUCGUUGAGCCCACUCCGCUAUUGAUGGCCGAUGAAGGAACGGAGAGCGAGCCCGAAGCGGCCCUUGCCACCCCUGUCAAGAGAUUCGACACAGUCAUUCAGAGCCUGCGCGGAAGUUAUCCAAAGGACAAGAUGAGCGAGAUCUCGACAAGUUUCUGCUUCAUCUGCCUGCUCCACCUGGCCAACGAGGAGGGCCUGACAAUCGAGAGCGCGCGCUCGGACGGGAAUGAGGGCGUUGACAUUGGCUUGAGGGGCUACGCCGACGAGGAGGGGCAGCCGGGUGGAAUGGUCGAGAUGGAGAAGAGCGAACGUGUCGUCGGCGAGCUGCAGGCGCUCAAGGUGUUCAAGGACCCAACAGCUGGCCGCGCGGCGUAA